GGAAAUCGAAAUAAAUAACAAUUACAAAAGCCAGCAAAAAAGCUUGAGGCCUAAGCAGCUAAAGCUUAUGGUUUUUGUUUGUCCCCAAAAUAAAGAAAAAGAGAAAAAAAGAAAAAUCUCAUUUUUCAACUAAUAAACUACGUUGUCUUUUCGGGGAAUGUCAGAUUUGAGCCCGGUUGGUCACACACACAGACACAGCAACUCUCUCUCUCUAACUGCUUCCCUCACAGUGGAAUAUUAUAAGUGACUUAUUUGUCUUUACUCUCCUUGUUUGUUUCUCUCUCAAAACCUCUUUUGUGUGUGUGUUGUCUCUGUAUCCCAGUUGAAAAAACCAUUUUUUUCUCCACUCCAGCAACAAUUGGCGAGUGCCCAUUUCCAAUUUGCAAGGCCCAAGUGAGAAUUUUCAUUUCCUAGUGUUUGUCUCCUUCUUCUUCUCAGAAUAUGGCCUUUUGUUCUUGCUCUCCUUCCUCAACUCCUUGUCUCCUCUGGGGUUGUUAGUCUGAUACAGAUUCCCAAGAAAGACUUGAUAUUUUGUAUGAUUAUUUUUUUUUUUUUUGGAUUUCCCCAUUUCCUUUUUAUAAUUUUCUUUUCUGGGGUCAUGGAGUUUUUCUGUGACCUUGAAGUUGAUGUCAAUGGCGAAGAGACUUUCAUGGUGGACAGGGUAAAAACUUGGUCCUCAAUGUUCUUCAUUUAUUUGCAUACACAUAAUUGGAAAGUCUGGAUUUUUGGUGCCAAUUCAUACAAGCUCUCUAGUUUGUGAUCCUUGAGCAAAAAAUGACAUUGAAUUUAUUAUGGUUCUUUUUUUGUUUGUUUUUUUUCCUCCUCCUUUUUUCUCUCGGCCCAUCAUUUAUUUCACACCUGUAAUGCAUCGAUAUGCUUCAUGGUAGUGGCAACCAUAGCUUUUAGCUAUCACUUUCUUCUUCUGCUUCAUUGCCAAUUUGUUGUCACCGUUUUGAGAAACUCUACACCAAAAAAUACUUGCUUCAUAUUCAGGCAGGUUAAGUAAAUUAUUUGGUAAAUCCAAAGGCUCAGCACCUAGCCUUAAAGUAGUAUUCCAUGACUUUCCUGGUGGGGCAGAGUGUUUUGAGCUGAUGUUGAGGUUCUGCUACAACUUUGGUAGGACUGCGAUAACUCCUUCCAAUAUUUCUCUCCUGCAUUGUGCUGCAAAAUUCAUGGAAAUGAAGAGUUCUGUUUCUAAAGCUAGUAAUUUGUUGGAACAAACCGAGAAAUCCUUUGAAGAGACGAGAUACUGGACGUGGGCCGAGCUUCUAAUGGCUCUGAAGCAAUGCCAAGGCUUACUUCCGGCUUCUGAUUCUUCAGGAAUUCUUGACAAGUGCUUUGAUUCUCUUGUUGGGAGGCUGGCUUUGGCCAGCGAAGUGAGUCCUUGUCCGUCUACUUCUUCCCCAGAUAGCUCAGGGUUUCGGUUUUCAUGCGACACCAAAAGCACCGAGAGUUUGAAGACUGUCUUCUCUAAAACAACUUGGUGGUUUGAGGAUCUCCUGUUUUUAAGUCUUGUCUUGGUUGAAAUGCUUGUGAAGUCCAUGGUUUCUCGAAAAUUCAACCAUGUCAUUAUCAGUAGGUUCCUUGUUUAUUACCAGAAAUCAAAGUCUUCUACUGCCUCAUUCAGCGAGAAGUGCAGAAUUGUCGAAACCGUUGUUGACAUGCUUUACAUUCUUGACCAAAGCUGCGUAUCCUGCAAGAGUUUGUUUGAGAUUCACUGGGUUGCUCUGAAUCUGAAGUUGAGGAAAAAUAGCAGGAAUAAGUUGGAGAAUAUGAUUGGUUCACAGUUGGAUCAUGCAACAUUAGAUAAUUUGCUUGCUCCAUCUCCCUAUGGGAUGAAUUACUUGUAUGAUGUGAAUCUUGUUCUGAGAUUUCUCAAGGUAUUUCUUCGCGGACUCUGUCAAGUAUCUGCGAUGAGAUUGAAUAAAGUAGCAUCCUUGUUGGACUUGUAUAUUGCUGAAGUAGCACCAGAUCCUUAUUUAAAACCUUCAAAAUUCUUGGCCCUGAUCAUGGCCUUACCAGAAUCUGCUCGAGAUUCCUACGAUGAGAUUUAUCAUGCCGUGGACAUGUAUCUUGAGGUGCAUUCAGGAUUAUCCGAAGAGGAAAAGAUGAAAAUAUGCUGUUCUCUGAACCUUGAGAAGCUCUCAGCUGAAGCCUGCAUACACCUUUCUCAGAACACGAAAUUCCCUUCGAAGUCUGCAGUCCAAGCACUAAUCUCUCAGCAGUUCAAGCUCAAAAGCUUACUCCAUGCCACCACCAAACCUCCCAAGUCAUUUGCUGAUUCACCCUCUACAGCCAUGGAAGCCGGAAACGAAUCAAAGAAACACGAAUCAGAAGACCAAAUAGUCCUUUACGCGGGGAAACUCGAUCUUCAAUCCGAUAGCAAAGACCUGAGGGCGCAUUUGCAAGGAAUGCAAUGGAGGGUGAUGGAGUUGGAAAAAGUAUGCAGAAAAAUGCAAAUCCAAAUGGCAAAGAUCAUGAAAUCAAGGGCUCCAAGCCACAGUCAUUCAAGAUCCUUGCCUAGGCUGUGUUCAUAAAAGACAAAGCUCUCAAACUUGCCAUUCGAUUUGUAUUUUAAACAAAUCACCUCAUGAUUCAUAUAUUGUAUAGCAUAAAGAAAUGAAUUUUUGUUUUUACCUUCUAAUUUUUUACAAUUGUCUGUUCUUUCCCUUUUGCCUUUUUUUUUUUUUUCCCCAGCUAAAGGUGAAUCAUGUGUGAGUUGUUUCAUUUAACAGAGAACGAAUCUUUGUUGUACAGUCUUUAAAGAAAGCUUUCAUGGUGUUCAUAUUUG